GGUGCGGUCGCCGCGGACGAGGCGCGAUGCAGCGCGAUCGGCGCCGCGGUACUCGACGACGGAGGCCACGCGGUUGACGCCUCGAUUGCCACCGCGCUGUGCCUGGGGGUCACGCAUCCGCACUCGAGCGGCGUGGGCGGCGGGGCGUUCAUGGUGAUACGUCUCGCGAACGGAACGACAGAGGCGAUAGAGUUCAGGGAGUCCGCGCCCGCGGCGGCGUACAGGGAUAUGUACGUCGACGGAAGCGGCGCGAACGGCGCGAACAGGUCUAGCACGUUUGGAGGAGCCGCCGUCGCGGUCCCAGCCGAGCUCGCGGGCUUGCACCUGGCGUGGGAGCGGCACGGGCGGCUGCCCUGGCGGCGGCUCGUGGAGCCCGCGGCGUUACUCGCGAAUGGGUUCGAGGUGGGGAAGGAUCUGGCUCGGGAGAUUGCGGAUAUGGCCGAGGACCUCGCGAAGUUUCCCGUCACAAAGGAGGUUUUCCUGAAAGCCGACGGGUCGCCGCUUUUGGAGGGUGAGACUUGCGCCAACACGCGACUGGCCGCCACGCUACGCCGCGUCGCGAACGAGGGGCCGAGUGUGCUCCGAACGGGUGAGCUGGCGGAUGCGCUGGCAAAGGAUAUUAGGGACGCGGGCGGCGUGAUGGAGUCUUCGGAUCUGGCUGCGUAUCGGCCGAGGAUUUUUGAGCCGAUUGUCGCCAGCGCCAUGGGGGUGGAGCUCAUCGGCAUGCCCCCGCCCAGCUCGGGCGGCGCGGCCGUCGCGCAGAUCAUCGAGUUCUUGGACGGAUACGACCUGCCGUUGGCGUCGGCGGGCACGCUGGGGACGCACAGAACAGCGGAGGCGUUUAAGCACGCGUUUGCCAUGCGGAUGAAUUUGGGUGAUCCAGACUCUGCCACGCCGGACAUGACGGCCGCUCUGAACGACAUGUUGUCGCCGACGUUCAACGCGGAGCUAAGAUCCAUGACCAAGGACGAUCGAACGCUUAACGUGACGGCGUACGGGGCUAAAUGGAACCAGCUGGACGAUUCGGGCACGACGCACGUGAGUGUGGUUGAUAAAGAACGCAACGCUGUGGCGCUGACUUCGACGAUCAACACCGAGUUUGGGAGCAAGCUGGUGUCACCGUCGACCGGGAUCGUGCUGAACAAUGAGAUGGACGAUUUCUCCAGCCCGGGAGAGGUGAACCACUAUGGCCUGGCGCCCCACGAGGCCAACUUCAUUGCCGCGGGGAAGCGGCCGCUGUCGUCAAUGUCGCCGACCAUCGUGACCCGCGAUGGGAAGCUGUACGCUGUGGCGGGCGCAUCGGGCGGACCCAGGAUCAUCACCGCCACGGCGCAGCUGCUGUUGAACGUAAUCGCGCGGGGCAUGUCGCCGCUGGACGCGGUGAACGCCCCGAGGCUUCAUCACCAGCUGGUGCCUCACGUCGCAUUCGCAGAAAAU